AUGGCAGCGAAUUGCAAAUUUGCCGCCUCUUGUGGCGUAGAACAUCGCAGUCUUACAACUGGGAUGGGGAGAAAAAUUAAGUUGUUUUUGCUAAUAAAUUUUAUCUCUGCGUGUGUAGUCCUUGUGGCCUACACUAACGUGACAGGUAGUCACGUGUCUUUGUGGUCUUCUCUAAGUACAGAAAACGAUGGCAGUGCUAAAUACGAUGAAAUAAUCAAUCAAUAUCUUCAAAGAAGGGAAGCUUUCAAAGUUACCAAAGAUCACUUUGCCAGCAGAACUUGUGAAAAUAAAGAUACUGGACCCUGUGUGGAUCCUGCUUGUAACACGACCUUCCUGCCGCCCAGGGCGAGACUACAUCGUCUUGUGAGCACCCAGUACAACGUCAGCUCCCGCCAUCUUGAGGUGCUGCGCUCCUUGGGGGCCCGGGUGGCGCCUUCCGACCUCGUCUUCCUCACGGCGGCAUCAGAGGACCAUUUUGAUGAGAGUCAGGGUGUCAUCAGGGACCUGCAUGAAAAGGUCUUUCCCUGGAUCACCAACAACACAAACUAUACUUAUAACUUUAUCUACUAUGACCUGGGACUCGCCAACAAAAGCCUGGCUCUGCUCACUAAGUACUGCAGAUGUCACGUGCUGAGUUUCCCAUUCCAGUCGCUACCUGAAGUCUUCAAGAAUCUCAAAACGUACCAGUGGAAGCCCGUGAUUGUGAAAGCGCACAGCUCGCACUGCAAGCUACUGAUGUGGAUGGAUGCUUCGGUCCGCUUUAAGUCCGGUGAUGUCAGCCUCAUCAUCCAGCGUGUCAUGGCCGACGGAUUUUUCAUUCAACACAACGACUUGAUGAUGCCGAGACACGUGAUGCCAGUGAUGCUGCAGUAUUUUCACACUGAAGCCUGUCUCCUCGCCCCCUUCUAUGAGGUGGAAGCAAACCUUGUUGUAGUCAAGAACGAGCCGCUGAUGAGCCAAGUUGUACUGGAUCCUUGGGUCGCCUGUGCAUUUGCCCCGAGAUGUGUUUAUCCAGGGGAUGACUGGAGAAAACUCUUACCGUGCCAUAGUGACAAGCGAGGCUAUAGUGUGUGUCACAGAUUCGACCAGGCGGCUCUAGUGGCUCGUUCUUGA